GAUUAGAUUUAGUCAAACACCACCUCCAUUGCUUCAAACCCUAACCCUAAUUCAUACAACUUCUUCUUCUAAGACAAAGAGGAAGAAGAAAGAGAAAUUUUUACCAAACAUUCUUAGUUCUUUCGAAUUCAGAAUUCCCCUUAAUUCUCAGAGUUAGAGAGGAUAUUUUUUUUUGAUUCUGGAGUGUAACAGAUAAUAGGGGUUUAAGGUUUUAUUUUAUUUGAGUAAUGGAAGGCAAUUCUGGCGGUAACGAUGUUGAGUUACUUUGCAAAACACUACAAGUAGAACAUAAAUUGUUCUACUUUGACCUAAAAGAGAAUCCUCGUGGUCGUUACUUGAAGAUCUCUGAGAAAACUUCUGCUACUAGAUCGACUAUUAUUGUUCCUGUCAGUGGCAUUGUUUGGUUCUUAGAUCUCUUUAAUUACUAUGUUAGUUCUGAUGAACAAGAAGGAUUAAGCAAAGAAUUGCAACUUGAUACCAAGGUUUUCUUCUUUGAUGUUGGCGAGAAUAAAAGGGGGAGAUUUCUUAAGGUUUCGGAAGCAUCAGUUACCAGAAACCGUAGUACGAUUAUUGUUCCAGCAGGAAGUGCAAGAGAUGAAGGAUGGGUAGCAUUUAGGAACAUUUUGGGAGAAAUCAAUGAAGCUUCUAGGCUUUUUGUCCUACCUAAUCAGACAAAUUCUGAACCCUCAGAGCGCCUUGCAGGCCUUUCAGAUGAUGUGGGUGCUGGCUUCAUAGCUGGCCACAGUAGUCAACCUGCUACAGCAUCCAAAAUCAAUGUAGCAGAUAGGCCAGUUGAAUUAGCUCCUCAAGGUGACCUUGGAAACCUUGGGAUUUCCAAGGUAAUCAGAGCUGAUCAAAAAAGGUUCUUCUUUGAUCUUGGAAGUAACAACAGAGGCCAUUUCUUGAAGAUAUCUGAGGUUGCCGGGUCUGAUCGUUCAUCUAUUAUUCUGCCUCUCUCGGGUCUGAAGCAGUUUCAUGAAAUGGUUGGCCAUUUUGUGGAGAUCACCAAAGAUCAACUUGAAGGCCUGACAGGUGCAAAUGUCAGGACAGUUGAGCCUCCUCCCCAGAGAUGAAUCAAAGCCCAUAUUACGAAUCUGGAUUUUGUGACAAUUCCUGUCAAGUUGGUAUAUUUGGAUUAGAUUGCAGAUUGUUCUUUGUUAGUGUUCCACUAUGAAAUCUUUUUUGUCUUCUUGGUUCCUCUCUUCUGCUGUUCCCACUUAUUUAUAAGAUUUCAAAAGCUAUGAAAUAAUUUCUCUAUUGACUUGAGUGUUGGAAAAGUUGGUGUUGUGGGGUCUGCUAAGUUUAUCACUGAAGGAAUAACAAAAUCAGAACAUGCUUAUAGUCCCCUUGUAAUUAAUUCUUGCAUAUUGGUAUUACUGAACAAUUGGAUUGAAAUUUAUCAUCUGAUUGCUGUGUGAUUA